GGACUUUGGCCUUACAGGACAGGCUCCUACACACACACACACUCACUAUCCUCUGCUGGAUAGAUAUCUGCAGUUCUUUUUGACAAAGACAGACACACACUGAAAUGGCUCACCUGCAGAGCGAGCUUACCCAGAAUCCCCUGGAGAAGAUCUGGGUACCGUGGAUGAACAGUAAACUGAGCCGAAGACGAGGCUCGUCCGUGCCGCAGUUCACAAACUCACCCACGAUGAUCGUGAUGGUCGGUCUGCCUGCCCGAGGAAAGACCUACAUCUCUAAAAAGCUAACACGCUACCUCAACUGGAUCGGCGUUCCUACCAAAGUGUUCAAUGUUGGACAGUACCGCAGGGAAGCCGUCCAGUCCUACAAAAGCUUUGAGUUUUUCCGUCCAGACAACGAGGAGGCCAUGAAGAUCCGCAAAGCUUGUGCACUUGCUGCUUUAAAUGAUGUAGCCAUCUACUUCAAUCAGGAGCAGGGCCAAGUGGCGGUGUUUGAUGCCACAAACACAACGCGUGAAAGGAGGGAGGUGAUUCUGUCCUUCGCCAAAGAGAACGGAUACAAGGUGUUUUUCGUGGAGUCUGUGUGUGAUGAUCCUGAGAUCAUCGCUGAAAACAUCAAGCAAGUGAAGCUCAGCAGCCCGGACUACAUCGGCUGUGAUAAAGAGGAAGCCGUGAAAGACUUUCUGAAGAGAAUUGAGUGCUAUAAGAUCACAUACGUCCCUCUGGAUGACGAUAAAGACAGACACCUGUCCUAUAUAAAGAUCUUUAAUGUAGGCAGCAGGUAUUUAGUGAAUCGUGUUCAGGAUCACAUCCAGAGCCGGAUCGUUUAUUACCUGAUGAAUAUUCACGUCACGCCACGCACCAUCUACCUGUGCAGGCACGGAGAGAGCGAGCUCAACCUGCUGGGCCGCAUCGGCGGGGAUUCCGGUCUCUCGUCACAUGGAAAUAAGUUUGCUGGGGCACUGGGGAAGUACAUCAGGAGUCAGUGUAUCCUGGACCUAAAAAUCUGGACGAGUCACAUGAGGAGGACGAUCCAGACUGCUGAGGGAAUCGGGGUGCCGUACGAACAGUGGAAAGCUCUCAAUGAGAUUGAUGCAGGUGUGUGUGAGGAGAUGACAUAUGAAGAGAUUCAGGACAACUUUCCUGAAGAGUUUGCACUGAGAGACCAGGACAAGUAUCGCUACCGUUACCCAAAGGGCGAGUCGUAUGAAGAUUUGGUUCACAGACUGGAGCCUGUGAUCAUGGAGCUGGAGCGUCAGGAGAACGUUCUGGUCAUCUGUCACCAGGCCGUCAUGCGCUGUCUGCUGGCGUAUUUCCUGGACAAAAGUGCAGACGAGCUGCCGUAUUUAAAAUGUCCUCUCCACACAGUACUGAAGCUCACGCCUGUGGCUUACGGCUGUAAAGUUGAGUCAGUUUUCCUAAACAUCGAGGCAGUGAACACACAUCGAGACAGACCUGUGGCAGGCAGUGGAAUGUAAAUAAAAGGGACUGAACCGUGUCUGUGGAUCGGAACCUAAGAGACGAGAACAAACAGGAACAUGGCGACCUUCUCACAGGAAGUCGGCAUGUUUUAGGGCGCCGUGUUGCACCGAUUCAGCAAAGCAUGUAUAUGUUCUCGUACUCUGUCUCAUUCAGCAAGUGUCUCCCUCCCACACACACACACACACACACACACACACACACACUUGCUCUCACAUACACUCAGCACUGAGGCCAACUGCCUGCCAGUAUUUUUAUAAUCUUCAUCCUCUCUGACCUGUUGCUCCUCUGCUGGCGCCAGCGGUCUCAGACACACACACACACACUCAGACACACUGACCUGCCCCUGGGGUAGUUAAUUGAGACCAGCUGUUGCAAGGUGCCUCCACCCCCCCUCACCCCACCCCUCCACACACACACACACACACACACACACACACACUGCUGCACUUGCCUUUUUGGCAGAUUGCUCACUUCGACACCCCUGAAGGUUUCUACCGGCUGUGUGUCAAUCCUCAUCGAUCCCCAUGAUUAACUGAUUAGUUUAAUUAUUUACCUCUCUCUCUCUUUAUCUCUCUCCUUCUUUGUUUUACUACAGAGACUCAUCAGGCGCAGCUCAUCUUUUUUUCUUGUCACUCUGUAUUUUAAUCCGCCUUUUUUUUUUUAUCUCUGUACUUCACUCUAUCUUUUAUCUCUAGCCUUAUCUUGUCUUUGUAUUGUAAUCUGCUCUGCUCUGUUACGUGCUAGCAUGCUUCGCUAAAAACAUCACUCUGCCUUUAAGCUAGGUGUAUUCAUAAAACAUGAACUUAUGUACUGUACAUAAACCUAACUAAAACAGAAAACAAGCUUCAUUAAUAUUGUACGUAGCUUAAGCACAGAUAUCCGAAAAGUCCUUAAAUGUAGCGAAAACAUACAGAGUCAAAAACAGGCCUGAAAUAUACUUAAAGCAUAUUUAUACAAAAUUAUUGAAACAUAUUGAAGCUAAAAUAUUUAAGACAUACAUUUAACUUGAAAAACUAAAAAAAAAAAACUAAAAAAAAAAAUAAAAAACUUGAAAUGAGUAUUUAAUCUGUAUUUUUUUUUUAUUAGGAAAAAAAAUAAAAACAUAAAAAUUAAAGUAAAAAUUCAAACAUAUCUGACUAAAAAUAUACUUAAAGAUAUUAAACACCCAAAAUUAGCUUAGUGUUUAAAAUAUAUUCAUAUCGAUAGAUUUUAUGAAGAAAAAACAUUAAAAGCUACUUAAAUGUAGAAUUAGAUAGAAUGUAAAUUGAUAAAACAUCUGAUCUAGAAUAGAAACAAUACAUUAAAACAAAUUUGGAUUUUAAAGUGUACUUAGUUAAAAAAAACCCAGAAUAAACAAGUAUUUAGUAUUUAGUUCACCUAUUCUUAUAAAAAAUUAUUAAAUAAUUAUCUAAAAAGUACUUAAAGUGAAUCUGAAACUUACUGAGCUAAAACUACGAACUGUACUUAUAUAUAUGUAUAUAUAUAUUAUUUUGUAUUUGAUUUUUUAUUUACAUUUUUUUCUCUCCUUUUUCUGUGUCCUCCCUCUUUGCUCCCUUCUUUCUCUUUCCCAAAAAUAUCCCCUCCACCCAUUACCCCAAUGCACUUUUGCAAACACAGACACAUUGUACAUGGGUCCUCUCUUCUCCUCAUUCGUUCUUGUAUUUGUUGUUUUGUUUGUCUACAAUGUACUGUGAAAUAAAUAUAAAAAAAUCUUCAAUACUUCAAUGCUUAAAACAUCAAACUAAUCAUAUCAGUAAAAACGUAACAACGUAAUAUGUAUUUAGAGCUUACUUUGCUAAAACGUGUUAAAAUAAAAUGCUGAAAUACUGAAAUAUAAUUUUUUUUUUUUUAAAGUAAAAAGUAUUUGCUGAUCAUACUUAGCUAAAGCAUUCUUGGCUGAAAGAUGUUAUGUGAUAGUUAAAUGUAGCUAAGACGUAGCUGUCUGAUAAACACGAUGUAAAUGUAGCAGAUAUAUAUAUAUAUAUAUAUACGUUUAAAUGCAAGAAGUAUUUAGCUAAAAUGUAUUCCAAAUGUACUUAGCUCAAACAUGUAGAACUAAUAUGUUGUUGUUGUUGUUGUUUAUUUCUCCUGGUUGUUUUUUUUUUUUCUCUGAUGCAGGUUAGCAUGCGCACAAGUUCAUGAGCGUCAUUGUUUUAGCUCAUGUGUGGCUAAUUAACGCGUCUUUGCUUAACGAGUCGAGUCUCUGGAGCUGGAGGUACAGGAAAUAAACCCUGACCUGAAGUGUGCUGGAUAACUGCUUCCAUUUUACUUUAGCGUAUAAAGCCUUGGGUGAUUUGUGAAUGUGUUUUAUUACUCACACACACACAUGCACACACACACACACACACACACAGAGUAUUGUUUUUUUCCACUAUUCCUUUGUGCUCGGCUUCAGAGUGGGAGAUGUGGAUAAAGGCAGAUACAAAUGUGCCUUUGUUUGUCACGCCUCUCUAUAUAAC